AUGGCAACCAAAGAAAAGAGGAUUUGCAAUAGGUUGAGUUUUCUAUAUGCCACCUGGGAUGCGUGUUCUGCAAGAGGAUUAGUAGACGACGACAGGGAAUAUGUUCAUGCUAUAGAAGAAGCAAUUCAAUGGGCGACAGGUGUAAAUUUGAGAAGAUUGUUUGUCACCCUAUUAAUCUCAAACUCAAUGGCAAAACCAGAAGUUGUGUGGGAAGCUGCGUGGCACUAUUUGGCUGAGGAUGCACAAUUCAAGAUUAGAGCUCAAUUAGGGAUUACAUAUUUGAUUUUAUCUGAAGAUGAGAAAAAGAAUUUUGCACUUCGGGAGAUAGAAAUAAUGCUUUCUGCUAUGGGAAAGAGUUUGAAAGACUUUCCGUUGAUGCCAGUACCGGAUUUAGAGAAUCAUGCUAGAACCAUCAAUCGGUUGAUACAAGAGGAAUUAGCAUAUGAUAUUAAUGUCAUGUGGGAAGAGAAUGAUAAAUUGGUGCAUCAACUCACCGAAGAGCAAAGGGCUAUAUAUGGAAAUGUAUUGCAAGAUGCUGAGAAUAAUCUGGGAGGCCUGUUUUUUGUUUAUGGAUACGGUGGAACGGGAAAAACAUUUUUAUGGAGAGCAUUGUCUUCUGCUUUAAGGUCAAAGGGUGAUAUAGUUUUAAACGUGGCAUCAAGUGGCAUAGCAUAUCUUCUACUACCAGGAGGUAGAACUGCGCAUUCAAGAUUUUCAAUACCAAGAGCUGUUAAUGAAGAUUCAACCUGCAACAUCUGCCAAAGUAGUCCUUUGGCACAGUUGAUAAUGCAAAGUAAGUUGAUCAUUUGGGAUGAGGCACCGAUGAUGCAUAAGUUUUGCUUUGAAGCUUUAGACCGUACUAUGAGAGAUAUCAUGCGUGCCAAAAAUCCAAAAAGCUUGGAUAUGACUUUUGGUGGGAAAACCAUGGUGUUAGGUGGAGAUUUCAGACAGAUUCUACCAGUCAUUCCAAAGGGCACCAGGCAAGAUAUUGUGGGAGCAAGUAUAAAUGCAUCAUAUCUUUGGAGAAGCUGUAAAGUAUUUAGGCUAACAAAGAAUCUCAGGCUUAGGUCAUUGCAAUCAGAUACUAAAGUUAAAGAGAUUGAAAAAAUUGCAAAGUGGAUUGCUAAUAUAGGUGAUGGAACAAUUGGUGAUUCUUUGCAUGGAGAAUGUGAGAUAAAUAUUCCUGAAGAAUUUGUGCUAACUUGUGUUGAGAAUCCAAUUUCUACAAUUGUUGAUAGCAUAUUCCCUAUGUUCCGCAGUGGUCACAGUGACAUUCAAUACCUAGAAGAUCGUGCUAUUUUGGCACCAACUUUGGAUAUUGUGGAUGCAGUAAAUGAAUACAUGAAUGACUAUAAUAAUACCGAAGGAAUGACGUAUCUCAGUUGUGAUUCGGUUUGUAAAUCUGAUUCAAAUGUUGACAUGCUUGCUGAUCUGCACACUCCAGAAUUUUUAAAUGGAUUAAGGUGUUCAGGAGUCCCAAAUCACUCAUUGACUCUAAAAGUUGGCUCACCAGUUAUGCUUCUGAGGAAUAUUGAUCACUCAUUGGGGUUGUGCAAUGGUACAAGAAUGAUCAUUUCGAAGUUGGCAGAUCAUGUUUUAGAAGCUCAAAUACUAUGCGGGGCAAGUGCCGGUACAAAGGUCUUAAUUCCAAGGAUGUUCUUAACACCUUCUGAUCCAAGAUUGCCUUUUAAGUUCCAAAGGAAGCAAUUUUCACUAAUGUUGUCAUAUGCAAUGACAAUAAAUAAAAGCCAAGGCCAGACACUAUCCAACGUGGGUUUGUUUUUGAAGAGACCCGUUUUUAAUCAUGGUCAAAUGUAUGUAUCAGUGUCAAGAGUUAGUAAUCCUAAGGGAUUAAAAAUUCUUAUUUGA